CAGCAAGUUUGUGUGUCUAUAUCUCUGGUACAGGCAGCAAGUUUGUGUGUCUAUAUCUCUGGUACAGGCAGCAGGUUUGUGUGUCUAUAUCUCUGGUACAGGCAGCAGGUUUGUGUGUCUAUAUCUCUGUUACAGCCAGCAAGUUUGUGUAUCUAUAUCUCUGUUACAGGCAGCAAGUUUGUGUGUCUAUAUCUCUGUUACAGCCAGCAGGUUUUUGUAUCUAUAUCUCUGGUACAGGCAGCAAGUUUGUGUGUCUAUAUCUCUGGUACAGGCAGCAGGUUUGUGUGUCUAUAUCUCUGGUACAGGCAGCAAGUUUGUGUAUUUAUAUCUCUGGUACAGGCAGCAAGUUUGUGUGUCUAUAUCUCUGGUACAGGCAGCAAGUUUGUGUGUCUAUAUCUCUGGUACAGGCAGCAAGUUUGUGUAUCUAUAUCUCUGGUACAGGCAGCAAGUUUGUGUAUCUAUAUCUCUGGUACAGGCAGCAAGUUUCUAUAGUGAACCUGCCUGCCUAACGAGCCUGUCUCCUCUCGCCUCAGCCUGGAUUUUAGCACGCCACACUCACUUUUAGCAGUCCAAAGUCAAAUAGUGACUCACAAAUUCCUCUGCUUUUCUUUUUCCAGGGAUCAGACAUUAGGGAGAGGCAACGUCACCUUUCCUCCUCCCUCCUCCACUCCCUACUUGUGCUCCUGCUAGCCUAACCCAGGCCUAUACAAGGGGCACUUCUUUCCCGUUUGGGUGUUUGUUGGCGGUGAUGGUGGCACAAGGGGUCAUGGAGACCAGGACUAGCCGGAGACCGUGCAGCAGCGCCCAGCAACACUUACUGCUGGCGGUCGCUCUCAUCGCAUGCAGCUCGCAACUACUGGUGGACGCCAACUCCUGGUUGUCGUUAGCGAUGAACCCUAUCCAGAGACCGGAGAUGUACAUCAUCGGGGCGCAGCCUCUGUGCAGCCAGCUGACGGGCCUCUCCCAGGGCCAGAGGAAGCUGUGCCAGCUCUACCAGGACCACAUGGUCUACAUAGGCGAGGGCGCCAAGACGGGCAUCAAUGAGUGUCAAUACCAGUUCAGACAGCGGCGGUGGAACUGUAGCACGGUGGAUAAUGCAUCCGUGUUCGGACGCGUCAUGCAGAUAGGCAGCAGGGAGACAGCCUUCACCUAUGCCAUCAGUGCAGCAGGUGUGGUGAACGCGGUGAGCAGGGCGUGUCGGGAAGGAGAACUCUCCACCUGCGGAUGCAGCCGUGCCGCUCGACCCCGUGACCUACCGCGUGAUUGGCUGUGGGGCGGCUGUGGCGACAACGUCAACUAUGGUUACCGUUUCGCCCGGGAGUUUGUGGACGCGCGGGAGAGAGAAAAGAACUACCCUCGAGGCUCCAUAGAACACACUAGAACACUGAUGAACCUACAGAACAACGAAGCAGGGAGACAGGUGAGGAACUGGGACGUGUGUGAGCUGCGUCAGGUGCGUGAGCUGCGUCAGGUGCGUGAGCUGCGUCAGGUGCGUGAGCUGCGUCAGCGCCGGCGAUUCCACUCCUGCCAGGUCUUAUGA